AUGAAUUUGGCCCGCCAGCUUUCCAAGAUUGAUGGCCGCGACUCCUCGCAGGUGGAGCUCGUGUUCGAUGUGCUCAAGAACUCUCCCUUCCUCAUGGAGUUCUACCUCAACGACGUGGUCUUCCCGGUGGUCCUCCGCCACGCGGACUCCAAGCUCUCUGCCAAUGGACAGGAUCUGGGCGGUGAGGUCCUUUGCUCCAACCGCUUGGGCUUCAGCGGCACUCCCAACGACCUGCUGCCCCUGGCAUUGGGCAAGUGCCAGUAUGCGCGAGGCGACGACGCCAAGAUGCUGACGACGCUCAGCGACCCCCUCGUCGUGGACGUGGCGCUGGUCGACGACGGCUGGAGCGCGCGGACCUUGCUAUCGCUUGUCGCCACGCACGAGCCGCCUUUCAACGCGCUGAUCGAUGUGGGUGCCUUGAUCACAGGGCUGAGCAAUGAGCAGGUGGCGCGCGCUCUCCUGGAGUUCGGGCUGCCCUAUGAGGCGGUGGUUUUUCUGGACCCCGGGGGUGAACCUUGGCUUCUGCGCCGUGGGCGGACGCUGGCAGUCAAGCUCUCGAAUUGCACCCUUCCGUUGAGCCGUCGAUUUGUCUUCUACGACCAGGUGCAUACCACCGGCAUCGACAUCCGGCAUCCGCCGACGGCCUGUGCAGCGCUGACGCUUGGGAAGGACUCCACUCUGCGCGACUUCGCCCAGGGCGCCUACCGCCUCCGGGGCAUUGGCCGCGGGCAGAAGCUCAAGGUGCUUCUCACACCAGAGGUGUCUGCGCGGAUGGACGAGGAGGUCGUCAUCCCUGCCAUGGACAAAGGCCCCAGCAGUCCUUCGGACCUGCCGCUGCCCUCCACCCCGCGGCGGUCAACCAGCACGGGCGAGGUGCAGACAAACACAGCGGAGGUCUCCAUGCUUCAUCGGGUUUGUGCCUGGUUGGUGGUCCGGCAAUCUUUGGCAGAGCAGACGCAACGCCACCUCCUUUCGCGUCAAGCUGUGCAGUACCAGGGGAGGCGCUGUGGCUUUGAUGCCAUGUCCCGGGCGCAGAGCCAAGGCGCGGAUCGGCUUGAGCCGGGGCUCCUCGACCUCUUCCGGGAGAGGGUGGACUACACGGUUGAGGCAGCUCCCCCAGGGCAGGAGGCGGCCGACGACCGGCGGACCUUGGAGCGACUGGCCAAGGACCUGACGCCAUGGCUGGACGAUGAUGGCAAGAAGGCAGCCGGACGUAGUUUCAAAGUACGGCUGUGGCAGGUUUGGUGCGCAGUGGCGGUACUGGCACCGGCCUGGCCCAACGAGGACAUAAAUGUCCCUCCUGAAGACGUUACUCCGCAAGGAAGCAUCCAGGACUGGCUAAAGUCAGCUGGCCAGCAAGGCGCGUGGAUCGACGGGGUCUGGCGCCCUCAGUCCAUACCAUAG